AUGUCCUCUUCCCGCAUGGGAAACCAGAUGAAUCCCACCCGUGGAGCUCGAUCUCGACCGUUCAGAACCCCGAUCAAGCGGCAACGCCCAUCUUACUCGUGCACGGAAUGCACUAGGCGAAAACUGCGAUGCUCGAAACAAAUUCCAUGCCUCGCGUGUAUCGAGCGGGGGACUGCGCAGGAUUGUCGGCGUCGCGAUGACCUCGAAUCGCGCAGGGGGUCGAGGAGAACCCGCUCGCGGGGUGUUGAGGGUUUAGAUCCUCCAGCAACUCUCACAGGCUAUGAAUCGCUGGCAGAUUCCGCUGAGCCCGCAAAUACUCCACUCUCUUACAACAUCGACGCCACCGCGAACUGUUCCCCGGGUAUGUCGGCAAAGGUGGAAGUAUCAUCAGGGAAGCCGACCGAAGCACCGGGGCUUCGACAGUCGCCUAAGAUAUUGGACAGCGUCUCUCAAGAUGCGGCGGUCAUGCUGGAAUUUCUGGCUCUGAGUCGUCAACAAGUCCUUCAUCUCGCGCAGAUUGACCAGCCUAGUCAAAAUGGCGACCGGUGUUUACCCGAUGCGACCGAUAUGGUAUUCACGGCGACGCAGGUGGACAAUAUGAUGACCUAUCAUCAAGAAUGCAUUGCCUGGAUUCACAAUAUUGUUCACAUGCCAACCUUUCGCGAACAAUGCUCGCUGAGCCUCAACAGCGUGGAUGCAAUUGAAGGAGCGUGGCUCUCCCUGUAUUACGCGAUGCUUGCGGUAACACUAUACCACACACAUCCAGAAAAACUUGAGGAGUUUGAGAUUUAUUCAGGGACCGAGUUAUCCCUGCUAUGCUACCAGAAAAGCAUCGACAGCCUCAACACCGCAGACUUCAUGAAAAACCACAGCAUCUUCAGCGUCCAAGCCAUUUGCCUCCUCAUUUACAUCGGCCACAAUGCUGGACAAUCCGAUCGAAUUUCCGUUCUCCUUGCGAGCGCUAGCCGAAUUGCACAAUGCCUGGGUCUCCAUCGCCUCGGUCCCGAUACACCAGCUGCCACACAGAAAUCUACCGAGUCAAGUGACAGAACACAGCAGCUGGUUGAUCGCGAAGUCUCUAAACGAGUGUGGUGGUUCUUGGUCCGGCAGGAUUGGCUACAGAUCCCGUAUAAUAACACGUACAACAUCCACCCCUCGCAAUUUAAUACCCCGAUGCCUACGCACUGCGAAGAAGAAGUUCUUGAGAUGGCAACGGAGGAUCACAUCAUGGAAAAGAGCCAGGAAACUUACACCCAGGGAAGCUACACGUCCGUCUUGAACAAAGGUACUACCAAGUCUCCAAAUCUCGGCUGGCAACGGCUGACGACAUCAGUAUCUGUCAUUAUCUGGAAGAUGCAGGAUCGAACGUGUCAGAAAUUGCACCCCGAAAACAGCGAUAAAAUGGGAAAUCUCUACUCGGAAGUUCUCCAAGCUGACCGCGAGUUGAAACAACUCAUCGACAAAAUGCCUCGCUUCUUCAAGCCAGGCAAUGAGGUUGUAUCUGAGUUACCUACUUAUAUCACUCAAAUAAGCUCGGUGCUGUCUCUAUCAUAUGCACAUAAGUUCUACUCCGUUCAUCGCCACUUCCAAAUCCCCAGCCUAAAGGACCCAAGGUUCGCCUACACCAAGGUCUCCUGCCUCCCUCUAAUGCGCCGCUACCUCCUGAACUUCCUCUUUCUUCCAGAUAAUCCGUUCACCCACAUCGUCAACAACCUAUGGACAGUCAACACGCAAGUCCUAACAGCGGCCGUAUGGCUGCUAUUCGAGCUCAUAUUCACAAAAGAGAACAGUCAGAUCUUCGAAGCGCAAGAGAUCCGCGACCUUGCAGUGAGAAGUCUCCAAUUCCUACAAAGGAACCAAGAAAGAAGCACCAUCGCCAAACGAGGCGUGGGUCUCAUCGAGAGUCUGCUGGACAUGGACAUGGCGAUCAAAACAGGCACACGCGAACAAUUCUCUUUAAAAGAGAUAAUAUCUCGCGUCGAGGUGAAAGACAGUCACCCAGUGUCGCAUGGAGAAUCUUCCCCAGAGCCGAAUUUCUCGCAAAUAGCAGACCUGUUUCUGGGUGAUUAUAUGCAAUGGGAAGAUAUCAUAAAUUCAUUCGGUGAGAUCUGA